AAAAUACUUCUUAAAGAUCGUGUGUAUGUUUAAUAGCUUCAUAUCCGCUCCGCUCAUCACUGACCUCAGUCUAUAAUCACCGGCAUAGGUCGUCAAAUGCAUUGAUCGAUAUUAUAGCCCUAAGCCCUCAUUUCCGAUGUCCACUCCGGCCAUACAGGACAUACACAUACAAAUCGGCUUUCCCAACAUGAAGUCACGGCGCAUUCGGUGCAUGAAGUUUUUUAUUACACUCUUUAAUAUCAUUUGCAUUCUCUUCGGGUUGAUACUGAUGGCAAUAUGCGUGAUAAACAUAAGAGACAAGAAGUCGCAGCAGGAACAGCAGUCAGCUGUCUCCAGAGGGGUGCUGUCCUUCAUCUUGACGACCGGAGUGGCCCUCGUGGUGACAGCAGUCCUGGGCUGUGUUGGCGCCCUCAGAGAACAUGUCCGACUUCUUUAUGUACACGCAGGUUUCUUCAUAUUCCUGGUGGCCGUGGAGUUGGUGGUAGGAGUUGGGGGGGCGGUGCUCAGCGCCUGGGUCGGCGGCAGCAGCGAGCUUCGAGUGCAGUUCUACAGGAACACCACUGUGGAAGACGAGACCGCUAGGUACCAUAGCUUCUGGGAUGACCUGCAAUCUGACUACCAAUGCUGUGGCGUCGACGGUCCACAAGACUACGCCAUCAUCCACCGCGACAUCCCCGCAUCCUGCUGCGCCCGCGCACAUCCCCUCCGCGAGGGCGGCGCUAGGCGUCACUUGCACGCCAACUGCAUUACCGACCGGUCGUACUAUAUGCGCGGCUGCGAGGAAGCUCUCCGCCAAAAGAAAGCGUUCAAAGGAAAUAUUUUCAUCUCAACUGGAAUCAUAUUUACUUUGGUAGAGAUACUUUGUAUUGUGUUGGCGCUUUGGAUGGCUCGCACGGUGAGGUCGGAACGCCGGAAGCUGCAGGCGAAUUUACAAGCUCAUUUCGAAUCUUAAUACGAGAGUGGAAGCACCUUGCAGCUAGACGCGGUCGGGCAGACGGUGCAUAAGUCGGCGCAGAAAAAUCUUACUUAGAUAUAACAAGUAUAUUAGUACUUAUUCUGUAUUCAAUGUUAAGACUUGCUUUUGUAAACCACGGUAUUAGCUUUCAUUAAUUGAUAGUAUAAGAAUGAAAGGUUAUGUGACCUACUUAUAAAUAACACCAUUGGCACAGUAGAAUUAAAUUCGUAUUUUAUGGCACAUAAAAUGCAUAAGUUCAGUGAAAACGAGGAAAAUUGUUCGCAAUUUAGGAAUAUGAAAACUUAUAAUUACUAUAAGUACCUAGAAUAAUUUAAAGUAAGUAUUUAAGAUAGAAUAAGUUUCAGAAUAUAUUUAGGUUGUAAGAUAAGGGAUGAAAGUGUUUUUCACCGUUCAUAUUAUAAAAAGUAGUCGUUACUUAUAAUAACUUUUAAAGUAAUUAUAUAUAAUUCUUUACCUACUUAAAAUUUUUUUUGAAGUUCACAUUGAUAAUAUAGUUAGGUAUUUAGAUCUCUAUUUUACCAUUGAACAUAUUUCACAAAAACCCACUAAGUAUAGAAGUAUUGUUUUUAUUAACAAACCACCUCAUUAAUUUAUAUGUUUAAUAAUUUCUUCAUAAAUUUCAAACUAGAAAACCAAGAAUUUUCUCAAAUACUAAAUAGUACUAAAUAGUUAUUUGUAAUAAGUAUUUUUGAAGUAUUAGUUUUCAGUCAAUUUAGCUAUAAUCUGUGAUAAUAAGUAGCUUAGGUAUGUCAGCUGUCGGCUAGUGAGCCGGUCGGGGUCCAAAGAAUAGUAUCUGAAAAUAGUUAUAAAACACGUUAUAAUUUUGCUUUAAUAAAAGUAGUGCGUCAAAAAAAUAUUAAAAUACAAGACAUUUUAUUUGUUGGUUUAUAAGUAAUUGAAAAGUAAUUUUAUGUAGUAUUUAUUUACCUUAUUAAUAAAUAGAAGGAGUAUUAAUUAAAUACAUAGGUGGGAUAAUAUUAUAAAGAAAUUGUGUGCAUAGCAUGUCGACGAAAGCCAAAACGACUUACGUAAGAAUAGAAAUUAAUGGUUUUUUUUAAACCUUUGUUGAUUGAAAUAACAUUUAAGUUGUAAAAUGACAGACAUUUAGUGAAAUUAGUAGAUUUUAGAAUAUAACAGUUUUCAAAUAGGCAUGAUUUGAAUAUUAAUGCAUGAGUAACAACUUAAUUUAAUUUUAUUAAGCUGUAAGGUUAAUAUUAGGAUAAACGAAAGGCAAAUGAUGUAAUGGUACAAUAAACUUGAUAGCGUCUUAGUGUCUUAAGUAUAUCGUCAUGAGGUAUUAUUAAAAAUACGAAUAACUCAUGUUCUUGCAAAAUUAUUUCUUGCUUCAUAGUUUUUCACAAAAUAGACGUGCAUUUUUAAUAGAUUUAUUCUUAACUAGCCUAUGUUUCUCGGUAAAAGUGUAGCUUUAUUGAAGUGAAAGAUUUUUUUUAAUCGGUUCUGUAGUUUCGGAGCCUUUAGGGUCAAACAAACUAGCAAACAAAAAAUGUUUCCUCUUUAUUAUAUUAAGUAUCGCUAGUAUAGAUUGUUUAUGGUCAUACAUUUUACUUUUAUAUACAGAGUGUGUCGUUCACAAUCACAUUAAAUCCAUUAUGAUAUUCUAUGGCGAAUUGUGAAAAAAAUAACCUAACCAAUUCAGUGGAUUAACCAUAGGAGUAAUUUUUCGUUUUUAUAAUUUACAACAUAAUGUAUAAAGCAGAGAUAAAUUUAGGAGUAUCGAAAUGUGUUGAUCAGUUGACAGCUGUCAGUUUUCAAGGGAGAAUUUCAGUUGUUUUUAAAGACUAA